AAAACUGUCCAUCACUAGACCGGCUGUAAUUGUUGUUUGCGGGUUUUUUUCUUUGUUUUGAUUAUUUUGCCAAAUAUUUAACUGAAAAAUGAAGCGUCGAAGUCAAACAGCUGCAGCACAGUCCAAGGAGGCCAAUAAAAAGUUCAAGGACAAGGCGGGAUCCCUUACACUAGAUCAAUUUAGCUCAGAUGUCAUUUGGCAGCUGGCUUCUCAGUAUUGGUCGCCGGACACAAAGUCGGAGCAUUUGCCAUACAAUCCAUCUAUUAUAGAACGCAUCUACAAUGAGGAAAUUUCGAAUAGCAAACACAGUGCCAGACGGAUCAACAUGCUGGAGUUCAGUCAGUAUUUGGAACAAUUUUUGUGGCCAAAUUAUAAGCGAGAGACAGCUAGUCAUGCUCACCUCAUGUCGAUUGUAAUAAUGGCAAAUGAGAAGUUCCGUGAACGUGUGGAAGUGUGGAAUGUGUUUGAACAGUUACCCGAUGAGUAUCCAUCGUUCUUUCGUCAUGUUUUGGAGUCAUGUCUGCCCAGCAAAGUGGACUCCAAAAAGAAGCAGGCCAGCAGCACGCUGAGGGAGCGCACAGCAUUGCUUAUGUUUCUUAAUCAUUGCUUCAAUAGCAUGGAAAUUGGCUUGUGCCGAGAUCAGGCCAAGCGUCUGGUUUCCCUAACCAUGUGGCAUUGCCUUCAGCCAAAACGUCGCGAGCAAGAGCUGAAGGAUGUGCCAGAGUGGCGAAAAUACUGGAAACGCUUGCAAAAGAAGGAUAAAGACCUUAAACCGGAAAUCCUCUGGGAGCGCCAUUUUAUGCAGAAUUUAAUAAUUGAUUUUUUACACAUACUUGAAACGAUUCCCCUGGAGGGCGAGAUCAAUCCAAAUGUGGUCCACUAUUGUGAACGUUUUCUCGAGUUCAUCAUUGAUUUGGAGGCGUUGCUACCCACCCGUCGGUUCUUCAACACAGUUCUGGAUGACUGCCAUUUAAUUGUGCGAGCUCUGCUAUCGCCGCUGGUGCAACGCGAGGAGGGUAAACUCUUUGGCCAGCUCUUGGACAUGUUAAAUUUCUACACCCGCUUCGAGAUCAACGAUGUCACUGGGAAUUCCCUUACAGAUCACGAUAUGACCCAAUUGCACUAUAAAAAGAUAACCUCACUGCAGCGAGCGGUUUUUGCCAAAUUUCCCAGUCUUCGUGUGUUUGCUCUAUCGAAUGUGGCCACCGUGGAUAACCGUGUGUCACUGGAGAAACAUUUUGGUGCCCUGGAUGCGGAGGGUUUGAAGCAAAUUGCCACUUUCCUCAAUUUGGUACCCGAUGAAAUUGUGGAGCCCUUUCAAUGGCAUCGCCUAGAUGAACAAUUUCUGCGGGAAUUGUUGAUAACGCGCCACGAGAAACGUUGCUCACAACUGGAGGCCCUCAACGAGAUGCCCUUGUAUCCCACAGAGCAAAUCAUUUGGGAUGAGAACAUUGUACCCUCGGACUAUUACACUGGCGACAGUUGUUUGGCACUGCCCAAACUUAAUUUGCAGUUUCUGACAUUGCACGACUAUUUGCUCCGUAAUUUCAACCUGUUCCGCCUAGAGUCCACCUAUGAAAUACGUCAGGAUAUUGAGGAUGCAGUAAGUCGCAUGUUACCAUGGCAAUCUGAAGAUGGAGAUGUCGUAUUUGGUGGCUGGGCACGAAUGGCUCUGCCCAUAGCUAGCUUUGCCGUUGUCGAGGUGGCCAAACCGCAUUUGGGCGAGAAGAAGCCAUCGCGGGUUAGAGCAGAUGUGGGCGUGACAUUGUCAGUGCGUCGCGAGAUCAAGGAAGAGUGGGAGAAUUUGAGGAAACACGAUGUCUGCUUCCUAAUCACUGUGAAGCCAACUCAACCCUUUGGAACCAAAUACAAUUCUCGUGAGCCGUUUAUCCCGCAAGUGGGUUUGGUCAGUGUGCGAGGAUGCGAAGUGGAGGGCAUGUUAGAUGCCAAUGGUCGAGUAAUUGAAGAUGGACCCGAACCCCGUCAGCAAUUGCCGGGCGAGCAGCGUUCCUAUCGUGUAUGGUUGGACUCGAAUCAGUAUCGUCUCGACAUGGACGAGUUGCAGGAUGGGGCCGACGAUGUCUAUGAAAGUUUCAACAUUCUAAUGCGUCGCAAGCCCAAGGAGAACAAUUUCAAGGCAGUGCUGGAGACCAUUCGUCAUCUGAUGAACACCGAGUGUGUGGUGCCGCCUUGGCUGCAUGACAUUCUCUUGGGCUACGGCGAUCCGGCUGCAGCCCACUACAGCAAUAUGCCCAAUCAGGAGCGAAGUCUGGAGUUCAAUGACACGUUCUUGGACUAUCAACACCUGAAGGACAGUUUCCCCAACUAUGAGCUAAAGUGUGAUGCAGAAAGUCCAUUGCCCCCGUAUCGUCUGAUCUUUGAAGAUGUGCCCGAGCAACGGGACAGCGAUGCGGAGGAAGAUGACAAUGGGGAUAAGGAGAUGAUAUCGGCGAUUAGCAAAUCGAUUCAAGUGCAACCAUAUAAAUAUGAAGCGAGAGGGCCAUAUCCCAGCGAUAAGCCCAAAGAAAACUCCAUACGCUUUACGCCCACACAAGUGGAGGCUAUACGGGCGGGAAUGCAACCUGGCUUGACACUGGUUGUUGGUCCACCAGGCACAGGCAAGACCGAUGUGGCCGUUCAAAUCAUAUCGAAUAUAUAUCACAAUCAACCUCAGCAGCGUACGCUUAUUGUUACCCAUUCCAAUCAGGCUUUGAAUCAAUUAUUCGAAAAGAUUAUGGCCUUGGACAUUGAUGAGCGGCAUCUACUGCGUCUUGGUCACGGCGAGGAAGCGUUGGAGACCGAAAAGGACUACAGUCGUUAUGGCCGAGUGAAUUAUGUUUUGGCCAAGCGAAUGGAUCUGCUGAAUCAAGUGCAACAACUGCAAGAAGCCCUCGGAGUGAGCGGGGACAAUGCUUAUACGUGUGAGACAGCUGGCUACUUUUAUCUUUACAAUGUGAUGGCCCGUUGGGAGAAGUUCCAGAGUCAAAUCAAUGCGCACAGAGACGAGUCGGAUCUGAACAAACUAAGUGAACUAUUUGAAACGCAAUUCCCUUUUAGUAAGUUCUUUGCCGAUGCGCCUCAGCCCCUUUUCAAAGUUGGCAAACCUUUUGAUGAACUGAUGAGCAUUGCCCAGUCCAAUUUCCGUUAUAUAUCCGAUAUAUUUACGGAACUCGAAGAGUUUCGGGCCUUUGAACUCUUGCGUACGGGCUUGGACCGCUCAAAGUAUUUGCUGGUGAAGGAGGCGAAAAUUAUUGCCAUGACCUGUACACAUGCCGCCCUCAAGCGCAAAGAGCUGGUGAAUUUGGGUUUCCGCUACGACAAUAUCCUAAUGGAGGAAUCCGCCCAGAUCCUAGAGAUUGAGACAUUUAUUCCGCUGCUAUUGCAGAACCCUCUGGACGGUCUGAACCGUCUUAAACGUUGGAUUAUGAUCGGAGAUCAUCAUCAGCUGCCGCCCGUCAUCAAGAACAUGGCCUUUCAGAAGUACUCGAAUAUGGAGCAGAGUCUGUUUACGCGCUUGGUGCGUCUAGGUGUGCCCACUGUAGACUUGGAUGGUCAGGGUCGUGCCCGGGCUAGCAUCUGCUCAUUGUACAAAUGGCGAUACAAGAAACUAGAGGAUCUUCAGCAUAUCUUUGAGCGCGAUGAAUAUAAGAGGGCAAAUGCCGGCAUCGUUCAUGACUAUCAGCUAAUAAAUGUGGAAGAUUUCAAGGGAGUGGGCGAAAGCGAACCGAAUCCAUAUUUCUAUCAGAAUCUGGCCGAGGCCGAAUACAUUGUGGCCAUGUUUAUGUACAUGCGUCUAUUGGGAUAUCCGGCCAGCAAAAUAUCGAUUCUUACUACCUACAAUGGUCAGAAGCAUCUGAUCCGCGACGUAAUAAAUGCGCGCUGCGGCAAUAAUCCACUAAUCGGCUGGCCCCACAAAAUCACCACAGUGGACAAGUAUCAGGGUCAGCAAAAUGAUUACAUUCUCAUCUCGCUGGUGCGCACCAAAGCUGUGGGUCAUUUGCGGGAUGUACGUCGUUUGGUGGUGGCCAUGAGUCGAGCUCGGCUUGGUCUCUAUGUGUUCGGAAGGGUCUCGCUUUUCAAGAAUUGUCUGGAGUUGCAGCAAACGUUUAAAGUGCUUACACAACGUCCGCUACAACUGAGCCUGGUGCCAAGUGACAGUUAUCCCACCGAACGCUUGGCCGGCGAGGCAGUACCCGAAGAAUCCUGCCGAAGCAUAGACAACAUGUCUGAUAUGGCUCAAUUUGUGUAUGAACUAUAUAUGGCCAAAAUGGCUGAGCUGAAAGGUAAAAUACCUAGCGAGGAGGAAUUAAGAGCAAUGCGGCCACAGGACGACGAUGAAGAGGACACUGAAGAUGUUGAAGUAGUGCCUCCGGUGGAGACCAACUCCAGUGAUGAGCCACCUCAAAAGCGGUUAGCCAAGGAUAAAAAGAAGGGCGGCGAUACCACAUUUAAGCCCACACCCAUACAAAAUGAGAUCAAUGUAGAUGAAGCUGAAAUUGAGCAAAAGGAAGGACUUCAUCCUAAAGACAAAUCAGCCGAAGAAACGACGGAGCCAACUGCUGAGGAUAAUCAAUAAUUUAAAUUUAAUUUCCAACAAAUGCAUCAAUUGACAAAUCAUGAAACAAAAGAAAUCCAUUACCACAUUUUAA